UCAUUCCUUUUUCUUGAAUUCCAAUAGUUUCAAUUCUCUUUAAAGUCUUGAAAGUUUGAUCUUUUCAUAAAGUUUGAAUUUUUAGCACCAAAGAUUAAAUUUUUUUUGGUUUUUAGUUGAAAGUUUCUUCUAUGUAUCUCAUGGAAAUUGUUUAAUCUUUGUGCUUGCUGGAUUUGUACCUACUCAAGAUAUUUUUAUUGGUAAUAUACCAUAAAAGGAUUGCUGUUGUUGAUUUUUCUCUCUGAAGCCAAUAAUUUAAGUUCAACUAGACAGAAGCAGAGAGAAUAUUUACGGGGAUCACGCACCAGUUUCUGGUUGAAUCGAGUAGCAGUUUUUGUAAGGAAAAACUUCAAGCAGCUUUGUUUUGAGAAUAAGUAUAAUAAGUGAACCAUGUCUUUAGUUAGAUCUGUAAGAUCAAUUGGAAACGGGAAGCUCUAUUUUCCAAAUGGUCACAACGAUAACUCUGGCUUGUCAACAUCCUCCAUGUACACCAAAAAUGCACGUGGGAUUAUGUGUGCAACCGAGUCUAGCAGCACAGAUAGUUAUGAUCCUAAGUAUCUGCUCGACUCUCCUUCACCUUCGGAAGAACUUGUAAACACAUCAAGAGAUUACAAUGUGUCUCAGGUUAGUUAUGAUUCUGGAGACUUUGUCAAUCGAAGUCCAGAUUCGUUACAGUAUGAUGAUGGAAGGGUGACAAUGAAGCUUCAAGAACUUGAGAGGGUACUUUUUGAUGAUAAGGAAGUUGAAGGAGAUGAUGUAUUUGCUCGUAUGGACAUAGAUGGUGAAUGGUUUAGCCAACUUAAUGACUCUCCCAAGGAGUCAACAUCUGCAGAUUCUAAUAUCAGUAGCAGUAGUAGCUACAAGGAAAUAUCCGUCACUGCUCCUCAAACUCCAAAGCAGAUGCUUUUUAGUUGUGCUGCUGCUAUUCAAGAUGGGAACAUUGAACAAGCGUCAUUUAUGAUUAAUGAGCUCAGGCAGAUGGUUUCCAUCCAGGGAGAUCCUCUUGAAAGAACUGCAGCUUACCUGGUAGAAGCUCUUGCAGCUCGAAUGGCGACAUCUGGCAAAGGUCUUUAUAAAGCUCUAAAAUGCAAAGAAGCCCCGUCUUCCGAAAGACUCUCUGCUAUGCAAGUCCUCUUUGAAGUAUGUCCAUACUUUAGGUUUGGUUUUAUGGCAGCAAACGGUGCGAUCCUAGAGGCUUUUAAAGAUGAGAAAAGAGUUCACAUCGUAGAUUUUGACAUUAACCAAGGAAGUCAAUAUUACACUUUAUUGCAGACAUUGGCUAGUAUGCCCGGUAAGCCACCUCAUUUGAGGUUAACUGGGGUAGAUGACCCUGAAUCUGUCCAGCGUGCUAUUGGAGGCCUUAACGUUAUCGGUCUAAGGCUUUUUCAGCUAGCAAAAGAUCUUAACAUCUCUUUUGAAUUCCAAGCAGUGCCUUCGAACACUGCAUUAGUCACCCCGGAAAUGUUAAAUCGCCGACCUGGCGAAGCUGUUAUAGUGAACUUUGCCUUCCAGCUUCAUCACAUGCCCGAUGAAAGUGUAUCAACAGUAAACCAAAGAGACCAACUUCUUCGGAUGGUGAAGAGCUUAAAACCUAAGCUGGUAACAGUUGUUGAGCAAGACAUGAACACUAACACCGCACCGUUUCUACAAAGGUUUGCAGAAGUCUACAACUACUAUUCUGCUGUAUUCGAGUCUCUCGAUGCUACUCUUUCAAGGGAUAGCCAAGAGAGGGUUAACGUGGAACGGCAAUGUCUUGCACGUGAUAUCAUAAACAUUGUUGCGUGUGAGGGAUUGGAGCGAAUAGAGCGUUAUGAAGUUGCAGGAAAGUGGAGAGCUAGGAUGAUGAUGGCUGGUUUCACUCCAUGCCCAAUUAGCCGAAAUGUCUACGAAUCGAUCCAGGAUCUUAUCAAGCAAUAUAGUGAUAGGUACAAAGUAAAGGAGGAGGCUGCUGCACUCCAUUUUGGGUGGGAAGACAAGACCUUGACUGUUGCUUCGGCUUGGAAAUAGUAACAAACAAUGCUGUGCAUUGGAUCAACUUGUAGCGAAAUCCGACUUUGUGAUAAUAUUUCAGUGUUUAUGAUCAGAAUGCAUGACAUUGUAUACUUUGAUGCUAUUGAAGAUACAGAUUAACUUAUGUGCUAAUGUAGGUUGAUGCGAAUUUAGGAGAUAAAACUGUUCUUUUUUUUGUC